GUCAGCUGAUAUCCGAGUCAUGUGGGACCUGGCUCCAGAAGCCUUCCUUAGUCCUUCUCCUUCUCCUCAGGCCGCCUGGCUCCUUCCUGGCAGUGCCAUGUUGGUGCCAUUAUUCCUGCUCCUGACACUCUCCUCUGAGGGACUGGGUUCCCCUACCACAUCCCAGAGAAGCUUUGGAAUUGAUUAUGAGCGCAACUGCUUCCUCAAGGAUGGCCAACCAUUCCGUUACAUCUCAGGAAGCAUCCAUUAUUCCCGUAUCCCCCGGUACUAUUGGAAAGACCGUCUCUUGAAGAUGAAAAUGGCCGGACUUGAUGCUAUUCAAACGUACGUGCCAUGGAAUUUUCAUGAACCUGAGCGAGGAGUUUACAAUUUCACGGGUGACCAAGAUCUGGAGUAUUUCCUGCAGCUUACUGAGGAGGUUGGAUUGUUGGUCAUACUGCGAGCAGGGCCUUAUAUAUGUGCAGAAUGGGACAUGGGAGGUUUACCUGCCUGGUUAUUAGAAAAAGAGUCUAUUGUCCUUAGAUCUUCUGAUCCAGAUUAUUUGGCAGCUGUAGAAAGCUGGAUGGGGGUCUUGCUACCAAAGAUGAGGCUUCACCUUUAUCAGAACGGUGGCCCAAUUAUCAUGGUCCAGGUUGAAAAUGAAUAUGGGAGUUACUUCGCUUGUGAUUUUGAUUACCUUCGUUACCUGAAAAAUCUUUUUCGGCAGUUCCUCGGGGAUGAAGUGGUGCUGUUUACCACAGAUGGUGCAAGUCCGAUCUUCUUGCGAUGUGGAGCUCUUCAAGGCCUGUAUUCAACUGUGGAUUUUGGACCAGGUCGAAAUGUCACAGCGGCAUUUUUAACGCAGAGACACAGCGAGCCUAAAGGCCCCUUGGUCAAUUCAGAGUUUUACACUGGCUGGUUGGAUCACUGGGGUCAACGUCAUUCCACUGUACCAGCGUCAAUUUUGGCUAAAAGUCUUUAUGAGAUCCUGGCAAGCGGUGCUAAUGUGAACAUGUACAUGUUCAUAGGAGGGACUAAUUUUGGCUAUUGGAAUGGAGCAAAUAUGCCUUAUAUGCCACAACCUACUAGCUAUGAUUAUGAUGCUCCAUUGAGUGAAGCAGGAGAUCUUACAGAGAAAUAUUUUGCCAUCAUGGAAGUCAUUGCCAUGUUCAAGCAAAUACCAGAGGGCCCUAUACCUCCAACAACUCCCAAGUUUGCCUAUGGACGUGUUCCACUGAGAAAGGCGGGUACAGUGAGGGAGCGUCUCAAGGACUUGUCACCAUCAGGACCAGUGAAAACGGCUUACCCUUUAACAUUUGUUCAACUGAAGCAGUACUUUGGAUAUGUAUUAUACAGAACCAAGUUACCAAAAAACUGUAGUGCGGAAACUCUUCAGUCAUCAAUAUAUGGUGGAAUUCAUGAUCGUGCCUAUGUCUCUGUGGAUGGGGUUCCUCAAGGAGUUCUUGAAAGAAAUGGUCUGCAAAAGCUAAAUAUAACGGGGAAGGUUGGAACAUACUUGGACUUGUUGGUAGAAAGUAUGGGCCGAGUAAAUUAUGGAAGAUUCAACAAUGACUUCAAGGGCCUGACUUCCAAUGUUACUCUUGCUGAAGAGAUACUCACUGACUGGGAGAUAUAUCCACUGGACAUUGACAGUGCAGUAGCUCAGGGCCUAAUAAAUGACAGGUCUGAUGGGAAUACAUCAAACUAUGAGUUGCCUACUUUUUAUAUUGGUAACUUUUCCAUUCCUAGUGGAAUCCCAGACUUGCCUCAGGACACCUACAUCAAAUUUCCUGGUUGGACAAAGGGACAAAUCUGGAUCAAUGGCUUCAACCUAGGACGCUACUGGCCAGUCCGUGGCCCUCAGCUAACACUGUUUGUUCCAAGCAACAUUCUUGUUUCAUCAGCUCCAAACAAUAUUACAGUUCUGGAACUGGAGAAAUCCCCAUGUGCGACCCAGAAAUGUUUGGUUGAGUUUGUAGACAAACCUGUUCUGAACGCAUCUCUUCACUAUGAAAUUAAUACUGGGAAGCUGUUCAGCAAAGAAUUCUGGAUGAGCCAUAUAUGAUUAUACUGGACUGCCUAUGUAAAUCUUUACAUAGCUGCUCAGUAGACCCUCCUUUUUUUACACUCACAGUUGAGAAUAGAAGAAAUCAGUGUUUUCAAAAUCUGGAGAAAUAAUUGACUGUAAACAUAUUAUCAAAUCAGUGUAAGGUAUCAAAUGGUAUUAUCUAUCUUCUAUGCAGUCUUCUAGUAAAUAUUUGUGUUGCAAUCAGGAAGA